CAGAGCUCGAGGGACAGCCAGAGCCCCGGGGCGGCAGAGAGGGUGGCCCGUGGCCCUGAUGAGAUUUUGGGGGCACCAAAAUGCCAUUUCCAUGGAUCGUGCCCUCAGCACUUUGGUUGGUGCUGCAGCUCACGGCAGGAUGCUGCAGGAAGGGGGCGGUGAGCGCCAGCAGAGCCGCCCGUGGCGCCGCAGAGGUCUGCGACAAGGGCAAAGUGACAGCCAGCCCCUGCUGCGCCAUCCCCGGUGGCACCAGCGUCACCCUGUCGUGCCAGCUGACAGCCCCGUGGGGCUGGUGCUGGGCAGCGAUUUUCCUCAACAGCUCUGAGCAAACCCGAGCCCAGGGAGGCUCAGUGAGCAAAACCUUCCUGGUCACUGCCUACGGCAGACACAACUUCAUCUGCAAAUGUAUCUGUGGAGACAAGAAAAGCAUCGUCUGCGGAAUCGAUAUCCACUGUGGAAAUCCUCCAGACGAGCCCAGGAACGUGUCCUGUAUCCAGAAGGGGACGCGGGGACAUGCCACCUGCACCUGGCACAAAGGCAGGCUCACCUACCUCCACACUGCCUACAGGAUAGAGCUCUCCAACGGGACCGAUGCCUUUUCCUUUCCAGAAGAAACUCCCAGUCAGGAUUUUGGCUCUGGGGCUCUGAGCAAGCUGGAUUUUGACUCCAGCUACACCGUGGUGGUUUCUGCCUCCAAUCAACUGGGAAAUGCCUCCUCCCAGCCACUCACCUUCAUGCUGAUAGACAUAGUGAAGCCACACCCUCCCGACUUCUCGGUGGAAUUUGAUGAUUCCUCCGCCACCAACUGCACCAUUUCGUGGCACGACGAAGCACGAGCGCAGCACUACAGGCUGAGGUAUCGUCCCCUCGGCAGGCAGAGCUGGAGCACGGUCGAGAGCUUCAGCAGGGAGAAAUAUCAUCUCCAGGGGCUGGAGCCCGACACAGCCUACGAGUUCCAGGUGAGCUGCAGGAUCCUGCCCGGCCGAGGGCUCUGGAGCGACUGGAGCAGCAGCCAGGGCAGCACCCCAGCAGCAGUGCCAAGAGUGACCCUGGACGUCUGGUACCGGCAGCAGGAGCUGGACUCUGGGCACCAGAACCUCUCCUUUUUCUGGAAGGCUCUGAGCAGGUCGGAGGCAGGAGGGAGAAUCCUGGGGUACACCGUGACCCUGGAAGCCCUGGAGCAAGGGAAGCUCCCGGCACAAUCCCACCGGACCACCCAGACCAGCUUCUCCAGGGUCACCCCCAGGGCGGGCCACAGGGUGACGGUGACCGCCCACAACCCGCGGGGCAGCUCCGUCCCCGCGGCCGUCCUGACCCACCUGGGCAGCCCAGAUCUGCCCCCUCCCCAGCGGGUCUCUGCCCUGGGCCUGGGGAACGGCAGCAUCCUGGUGAGCUGGAGCCCCCCUGCCCGAGCCUCCCUGCCCGUCGGGGGAUACCUGGUGGAGUGGGCAGAGCCCUGGAGGGAGCCACGCCUGCAGCCCCAGCACGGCUGGGUGAAGCUGCCCCCGUCCCACCUGUCCACUGUGAUUGCAGAGCACAUCAGAGAUAACGUCUGCUAUCAGAUCCACGUCUCUGCACUUUAUCAGGACAGAGCUGGGCAGGCAGCUUCAGUCAGGGGAAACUCCACAGCACAAGCCCCAGCUGCUGGGCCCCAGAUGUUCGCAACCCCCUGGGCCAGCGGCGUCCUGGUUUCCUGGGAGGAGAUCCCAGCCCCCCAGCAGAGGGGCUGCAUCACUGGGUACCACAUCUACGUGCACAGGAGGGAUGGGCAGGGCCAGCCCGAGGUCCAUGGUGCUGGGGGCUGGGUGACUCUGGUGCUCAUCUGCAGCUUCUUCAUCCUCUCAGCCUGCCUUUGUUCUGUGCCUCCAGCAAGGAGAGUGUUCCAGGGGCUCCUGUCCCUCCUCCUGCCGCAGUGGCAGAGCAAAGCCAUUCCCGACCCUGCCAACGCCACGUGGGCCAAGAGCUUAGCAGCUACCAAGGCGGAGCUGAGCGCUCCCUCCAGCCCCUUCCUGCCCUGCGGCUUCGAGGAGCCCGAAACGAGCCCGGUGGAGGAAACCUCGGCUCACCCUGAGCCCCCCAUGCCCGGGGACAAGCUGGUGGUGGGCAGCGCUGGCAGCAGGGGCCACGGCGACUGGGCACCGGAGAGCCCGGCGGAGGAGCAGCAGCUCCCGGAGCUGUACCAGAGGCUGGUGGUGGAGGCGAUGGAGCCCCCGGAGCCCGUGGCCGAGUACAUCUCCAACCCCGGCACCCUGUCCCCGGAGCCGGAGCCUGCCCCCGAGCCCGACCCCAGCCCCUUCUCCGCCUUCCCAACCGCAUUCCUGCCUCCUGCCCCCUGCUGCCAAGGGAAUCUGACUUUGGAUCGAGUGAAGCUCAGCGGCAGCUCCUUCCCGAGGUAGGCAGGGGGCGAUGUGAGCCCGGCAAGAAUUUUGGCACUUUACAGAGUAUUUCGGUGUUUCGAGGUGAGCCCGGUAGGAAUUUCGGCACUUUACAAAGGUGUUUCAGUGUGAGCUCAGCCUGGAUUUUGGCACCUUCCAGAGUAUUUUGGUGUUUCAAUGCGAGCUCAGCCUGGAUUUUGGCGGUUUACAAGGUAUUUCAGUGUUUCAAUGCGAGCUCAGCCUGGAUUUUGGCACUUAGGAAAUAUGUCAGUGUGUUUUGAUGUGAGCCCAGCCUGGAUUUUGGCAUUUAGGAAAUAUUUCAGUGUUUCAGCACAGCCAGUCCAGUCCCUCACUGGGACUAUUAUGAAAUUAUGAAAACAUGCGACACCUCCGAGUGACAAAACCCUUCCCCAGUCACACCUCACCGUAGGACACGGCUGCUCCUCUGCACACUCUGCAGUCAGAGGCACAGCUGGGAUGCCAGAGCUGGAUUUUGGGGAUUUUGGGAGCCCUUCCUGCAGCCUGGGCUGCCUCAAGCCCUGUCCUACAGCCCAGCCCAGGAUCAGAGCUGGAAAUC